AUGUCCUCCGACGGCACAUCCUCCGCUGGCAUUCACCCUGCUGCUCCGACAGCAACCGAUCCCAAUGUCGCUGCCCCCACUGAUGCCGCUGCAACCGACACCGUUCGACCAUACGAUCCCGACAACACGGCGUCUUCGUUGAUCAAUAUCAACGUGACGAACGUCUCCAAGCUUUCCGCUGCCAACUACAUCACCUGGAGCCUCCAAGUUCGAUCACUCCUUCAAGGAUACAACCUUGAAUCAUUCCUAGACGCCAACAGCACUGUCUCGCCGACGAUCACCGUCGACAACGUGAUCAACCCCAACCCGGCGUACACGUCUUGGUUUCGUCAAGACAAGCUGCUAUUCUCAGCCCUUCUUGGCUCGAUCUCUGUCUCCUGUCAAGCUCUCAUUGUAAGGGCGACAACCACAAGUGAAGCAUGGACAAUACUAGCGUCCACAUACGGCAGAUCCAGUCGGGGACAUAUCAAGCAACUCAAGGAUCAAAUGAAACGAUUCUCCAAAGGCGGCAAAUCAAUCGAUGAGUUCAUGCACUUCUUCAAGACAAAGGGAGAUGAGCUAGCUCUCCUCGGAAAGCCAUUAGAUCAUGAAGAUCUAAUCGAUCUUGUCAUCGCCGACCUCGGUGAAGAAUACCGUGCUGUCAAAGAUGCUGUAAAUGCCCGAGAUCUACCAAUCUCGUUUGUGGAGCUUCACGAACGACUUCUCAAUCAUGAAUCUGUGACAGGUUAUAAAUCUCCGCUCGGUAAAGGAUCUCGCAACGGGGGAGCGGCUCACCACGGGAAUGCUUAA